UCAGCGGCCCACUUCUCAGAAGCGAACAGUCUAGUCCUUCUUCCCAGUCCCCUCUUGCGCUGGGAGUUCUGCUGAAACCUGUCCACCAUGGCGACCCUGCUCGUAUUUCAAACACUGACCCGCAGAGCUUUCAGCGUCAGAGAGCGGGUGCAGCGGUGUUGUCUGAUAAAUAUAGCUUAAGAUGACACCUUUCCCUCCAGUGCGCACUUCCACCCAUCGCAGACGUCGCCUGUGGACACCCAAGGUUUUGAAGGAGAUCCGAAAGCUUCAGAAGAGCACAAACCUGUUGUUGAGGAAGAGGCCCUUCAGCCUCCUGGCAAGAGAAGUAUGUGUUAAAUUCACUCGUGGUGUGGACUUAAAUUGGCAAGCCCAGGCCCUGAUGGCCCUGCAAGAGGCAGCAGAAGCCUUUCUGGUGCACCUCUUUGAAGAUGCCUACCUUCUCUCCUUGCAUGCUGGCCGCGUCACUCUUUUCCCAAAGGACGUUCAGCUGGCCCGGAGGAUCCGCGGCAUCCAAGAAGGACUGGGCUGAGCCCGUGUGCCUCCGCGGCUCAGCUCCCACUGCGCUACCUAAAGAGCCAUCCCGCCUUCGUGUGUGUGCCCUUCAUUCGGUCCCUUCCUGCCUUCUUUUUCUCUAGAAACGUCUGGACCUGGUUUUACCUUUACUGCCGGAGGACUCUGGCUCUUGUCCUUUUGUAUAGUGUGAAAUAAAGACAUGUUUUCUACAAAGUAAUGAAUGACCAGACGCCUCGUUUUGAGGAUGAGGAAACUAUUAAUUUCAGGGAUGAUGCCAGAGACUCUCCGUGGAGCCUGAGGCGCCUUCUGGACUUAGCUGUCUGCAGACCGACUGUGUGCAAGGUGAUCUUAAACAAUGGAGAAAGCAGCACAGCGUUGCUCUGUGACAGGGGAAGAUGUGAGGUACCCGGCAGCGCCCCGGAGAAGGCCUGCGGCUUCUUUUCUCGGCGUGCAACUUAUUCCUAAGACUGUUCUCGUGAUUUUGAAGCUAGCAGAUGUGCUGGACUGUGAGAGCAAACGAGACACCCAUCAUUUUAGACCGUUCUGUACUGCUUACAGCUCGGGCCACACGUGUGCUUGCUUCUAUGUGAAACACAAGGGGGCACAGAGACCGCUUCCUUCAGCGGCGUGGAGGAGCCCUGCACAGCCAGCAAGGCCCGCCCGUCAGCUCGGCUCCUCCCGGCCGGGUCCAGUUAGCGGUGGACCGCGCCGUCAGCACGCUAGAGCCCUCCUUCAUCGGCGUUCACACUCUGCAGUAUGAAAGGUUUAAUGUUCUUGUUCUUUCCAGCAAGUUCCUACUGAAAUUUAACAUUUUAUUCUCAUUUUUAAAUUGCCAAAUCUGUAAAACAGUAUAUGCUUUAUAAUUAAUUUUUUGAAUCCUAGGAUUUUAAAGUUAACUCCUCCUACCUGCGCCACCCCCCGCCACACACACACAUGCGUGCAAUUGUUUCCGAAAUUUUUGAUAACUUUUUUAUGAAGAGAGAAAAUAAUUCUGUAAUGAAGAUGAUCUGAAACAGAGGUCUUUGUUAUUUCAUACAGAGGGUAUGUAUCUUUAUGCUAACAUUAAGCUCUAUGGAGGAGAUAAAGACCUCGCCUUCCUAUUUUAUCUGAAAGCAAUUUAACUCUUCUGUAACUUGCGAGACAGGAUAAUUACUACUUAAAUUUUCCACCCCUCAGUUACAAGGAGCCCUCGUGGUACAGCGGUUAUGCAUGGGGCUGCGAUCCACGUGGUGGAUAGUUUGAAACCACGAGCAGCAGCUCCGGGGGAAAGACUGCGCCUCUUGUCUUGUUCUGUUUAGGAGGAUACAAGCAGGCCUUGGGCUGGGGACUGGUGUAAUGUUGAAGGGAUUUUAUAGACAACAUGCUUCUGUGCUGGGAGGUGGUUGUACAAGGUGGUAUGUCCUGGAAAGGUGAUUAUGUAAAACUUGUCUCUUUGACCUUCUAUACAGCAAGAGAAAACUUGUACCCCUGUU